AUGCAUUCAAAUUUGUUUCCGGCAACCCAACCGGCGAGCCUGCUCCUCGCGGCCAUCUCCUUCCUCCCCAUCGCAGCCGCAAAGACCGCCGCAGAAUGGCGUGAACUAUACAUUUACCAGGUCCUGACUGACCGAUUUGCAACGACCGAUGGCUCUUCCCCAAGUUGUGGGAUCACUGACUACUGCGGUGGUACGUGGAAGGGGCUAGAGAAUAAGCUUGAUUACAUCCAAGGAAUGGGGUUUGAGGCAGUUUGGAUUUCUCCAGUCGUUCAUAACAUCGACGGGAGUACUCCUGCCGGCUAUGCGUAUCAUGGAUGUGCGUUCUACUUCUAA